AUGGUUGCAGGGUCCUUCGUUGAGGAGUGCAAGUCGACCGUAGCCAUCGACAGGCUGUGGAAGGCUGGCAUCCUGGAUGUGCACAACUUGAUGCCAAAAAUCGCGCCCGAACACAUCUCCAGUGUUGAGAUCGUUGGUGGCGAUGGUGGUGUCGGCAGCAUCAAGAAAUUUAACUUCACGGACGCCGUGAAGGCUCCUGUCAACUUCCUGAAGGAGCGCGUGGAAGUGUUGGACAGCGCGAACAAAAUCUUCAAGUACUCAAUUAUUGGGGGAGGGCUCAUUGGCCUGAGACUAAAGCUGUGCUCGUAUGAGCUCAAGUUUGAGCUUGGAAGUGAUGGCAGCAGUGUGGGGAAGCUCACCCUACAAUACGAGACCCUCGACGACGCCGAUCUUAGUGAAGAGGAGAAGGGUAUGCUCAUGGAAGGACCAAUGGGUAUGAUGAAGGCUGUGGAAGGGUUUUUGCUUGCAAAUCCGGAUGCAUACACCUAAGCUUCUUAUGCUGGAAGUAUGGUACUCCGUGUGUGCUUUUAUAUAGAGAGAUUGUGAGUGCUUGGUCUUGGAAGGGAGUGCUAAUAAGUGAUGUCUUGAUGAGGUAGCCUGAGAAAAAGGCCAUGAAUCCCUUAUUUCCUCUGUUAUUCGUGUGUUGUGUUUUUUUGCUUAAUUAUGUGAGUUCAUAUGGAUGAUAUAAUUACAAGUUAUAGUGGCUGAUAGAAGCUAUGACCAUGAUUGUUCUUCUACACUUU